GUUCAACAAACGAACGUACUUGGCUCUUAUUUGAAUGUUAGGUUAUGUCGUCCUUUUAAAAAUUUGAUAAAAUUCAAAUUAUUAAUAAUACAUAAGAAAGUGAAAUUAAACUAUGGAGAAAGCUAAGAAAGAAAAUAAAAACGAAAAAGUUGGACCAGAUGGUUUAACGAAAAAAGAAAGGAGAGCACUAAAACUUAGUGCCAGACCGCCGCAAGAUAACAGAUCUGCCACUGAACCAACUCAGAAUUCUCUAGAGAAAACGCAAGUUAAUAAAUUAGGAAAUACUAUUACUGAGAUUCAAAAUACCAUAGCUGCAAUCUCAAUGGACUCUUCGAAGUCUUUGUCAGAAAAAGAACAAAGAAGAUUAGAAUGGGCGAAAAAACUGGAGGAGCAAAAUAAAGAAAAAGGCGUCGAUAAAAACGUAAGCAAAGCAGAAUUAAAAGCUAAAAGAAGAGAAAUGCAAGAAGCCCAAAGGCAAUUAAAAACAGAACAUUCGAAACCUGUCACCAAAACACCUUCAACAGAAAAAAAAGAUGUAGAAAAGAAAUUAGAAACUAUUCAAAAACACGAUACUAAGAAAGUAGAUAUGAAAAAAGAAGAAACUAAAAUAUCACCUAAGAAAGAUAUAAAAAAAAUAAUUCAACCGCACAAAGUGCAAUUAGUUCAACAUUUAUACAACGAAGAGAUUCUAAAACUAGAAGCUAACGCUGUAAUCGUUCACCAAGACAUCCAUCCUGCUUUUAUCAAAUUAGGUGUCCAAUAUGGUAACAAAGUUGUACUAGGCUCUAACGCCAGAUGUCUAGCUCUCUUAGCAGCUCUCAAAUCGCUUAUAAACGAUCUUAAAUCGCAUCCAAAACAAGAAUUCUGUCGUUAUUUAGAAACUGUUUUGCAGGUAUCUGCGAAUUAUUUGUACACUUGUAGACCGUUCGCUGUAUCUAUGACGAAUGCUCUUAGAUAUUUCAAAUUGCAGCUGACUCAAAUCGAUACUAAUUUAAAGGACAGUGAGAAGAAAGCGAAAUUACAAGAUAUAAUCGAUACGUACAUCGAUGAUGAUAUUAAUAAGGCUGGUGAUGCUAUUAGUAUGAAAGUUAGGGAGAAAAUUAGUAAUGGAGAUGUUAUAUUGACUUAUGGGUGUUCAUCUUUAAUAAGAAAAAUCCUAUUAGAAGCGCACAAUGACGGCAAAAAAUUCCAAGUCAUAGUCGUCGACGGCAGGCCGCUUCUAGAAGGCAAAGAAUUACUAAGAAGAUUAGUAGUGGCGGGUAUUAAAUGUACCUACGUACUUAUAAACGCUCUAAGCUACGUCAUGAAUUCUGUGACUAAAGUAGUACUUGGUGCGCACGCGCUACUAACCAACGGUUACGUCAUGUCGAGAAUUGGAACCGCUCAAGUUGCUUUGGUAGCUAGGGAAUAUAACAAACCUGUACUGGUUUGUUGCGAGACGUACAAAUUCAGCGAAAGAGUGCAGACGGAUUCGUUUGUUUAUAAUGAACUAGGAAACCCAGAUGCAUUAAGCGUCACGCACAUUAACAUACCGACUGCGUUAAAAAAAUGGAAGGACGUAGCGAAAUUAACUCCGUUAAGUUUGUUAUACGAUGUGACGCCACCGGAUUUGGUGACAGCUGUAGUCACUGAAAUUGCGAUUUUACCAUGCACCAGCGUACCCGUUGUAUUGCGAAUUAAUGCUAGUGACACGACGUAAUCCUUCAUCUAAUUCCGGUUUUAAAUUUUAUUAAAAAGAAAAUGACUCGAACUGUGCAGUGUGAAGAUAUGUUUUGUAAAUUGUUCGAAUUUUGGUGUUAAUUUGAGAUUUUUUGUUAUCAAUAUUUGCGGUACAAUUCCAUUAUGAACAAGAUUAAAAAAAUAAUUACGUUGGGCGCCAGUUUUGUCGCUGGAUUCUAAGACACAAACUCCUUAAAAAUGAAGCAGCAGAAUCCGAUUUUUUAAGCAUUGCCAGCAUUGGAUUGUUAUAUUAUUUUAAUUUGUGCACAUAAACCACAAAAAUUCGAACUCAUUUUUCAUUGUAAAGUAUAUAAAAAUUAAAGAAACUGA